AUUUUAAUCCUAUAUUAUGAGAACAAUAAAAUUUUUAACUCCGUUUAUCAUAUAUCCUUAGUGAACGAACCAGGUUAUUUUAAAAAUGGAAUUUGUCGUCAUAAAAGUUUAUAUGCAAUUGACUUAGUAUCGAGAAUACCUGAAGCUGACAUAUACUUAAUGGAGCAGAAAAGGCUUCGUGCUAAGCAUUUAACUCACGUGCCGUACAUGAUAAGGCAGACUGCACUAGAAUCGUUUAUCUUAAGUCAAUUCAAACAUUCUGAAGAUAUUUUGCCAACUCAUCUUAAGGUGGUGACCAUAAAAAGCUCCUCAUUAUCCAGUGUCUUUCAAAUACAAGUUGGAAAUGAAAGGGUAACUAGCCAGGACAUCAUUCAUAAACUAUUAAACAAGGAGACCGUUCCUUUUUUGCCAUCACUUCCAAAAAUGUCCUUCGGUCCGGCGCUCCGAGAGUUGUACUUUCGUAGUAAUUUAACCGACAGAGAAUUCAUGUGCAAUAGUCUUUUAUUAUGUUUGGCAUUUUACGAACAUAUUGUUUUUAAAGCAGAAAAUAAUAUAUUAUAAUGUAUAUUUAUGCCAAAUGUAAAUACUGUAUAAAUAGUUGUUAUAAAAUUAUUUAUGUACAUAUGGUUUGAAAUUGUAAAAAUUUAAUUCUUUACUACCAAAAGAGAUCUUUACAGUUUCAAACAUUACCUGUUAACUUAGAAUGUUUGAUGGUUUCACAAAAAUUUAAUGUAAGAUGCAGAUGCUGAAAAAGUAGUUCUCAAGAUUGAAUAUCUAGGAAUAAAGA